GCUGCUGCUGCUGCUGCUGCCGCCGCUGCUGCUGCUCCCCGGCCCCCGCGCCGCAGCAGGGGAGAUGGCCCAGGAGGUGGAGGGCGACGGCAGCGCCACGUAUGGCCAGUGCUUCCAGUCCUUCCCUAAUGAGGUCCGCGCUCUGAACCUCGGACAGAGAUGGGGGGACCCCUCCCCAACAGCCACUAUGCACAUUGAUCUGCACACAGUGACAAGGGCCUCCUCCUCCUUCGACUUCCGCACGUUCGACCAGGAGGGCGUGAUUUUCUUCGGGGACACCCAGCCAGAGGUCGACUGGUUCAUCCUGGCCAUGCGCGGGGGGAAGCCGGAAAUUCAGAUCUUCAACAAUGUCACCAAGAUCACCGUCUCCGGGGGGCCGCGCAUCGACGACGGGAAGUGGCACCAACUCAUGGUGAAGAACGAGGGACACGCCAUCGCCCUGGAAGUGGAUGGGGAGAUGCACCUGGCCAUGAGUCACGUCUCCCAUUCCAUUGUCAGCCGGCCCAGUCCGUCGCUGCGCAUCGGCGUGGGAGGUCUGCUCAUGCCCCCGCGAAGACUGCUGGCGCCACUGAACCCGGCCAUGGACGGGUGCAUGCGGCGCUGGAACUGGCUGAACAAGAGCCUCGAGUGGCAGGAGGCCUCGUCGCUGGAGGACAAGGGCACCAAGCGCUGCUUUCGUGCCGUCAGCCGGGGCAGCUUCUUCCCCGGGGACGGGCUGGCCACCUUCUCGCUCGCAGACCUCUCCACGGGACGCAGGCCAGCGGACGGGAGCUGGGACCUGAGAGUGAGCGUCCAGGUCAGGGCCCCCCAGCAGGCGGCCACCCUGCUGGCUGUGGCCCCCGCCGGGCAGAGGCCGUUGCUGCGCCUGGACCAGCAGGGCCAGGACUUGGUCCUCCGGAUGGGGAACGAGACGGAGCUUCGGGUCCCGCUGCCGGCGAGGGGCUGCCUGGAGUCGCACCUCUUCGUGCGCGCAACCUCAUCGCAGCUGACCCUGACUGUGGACAACACGGAGGACUCCGCGCUGGUCCCGAAGCCGGAGUUUGAGAGCCUGCGGCGGGCCUGGCUCGCGGGGAGGGGGUCCCUGGUGAUCGGCGGGCUGCCUGGACAAGACGUCUCGAUGCCGGCCAAGGACCACGCCUUCUUCCGGGGCUGCCUGCGUGCCAUCUUGGUGCACGGCCGCGAGCUGGAUCUGGACGCCGUCCAGUCGCGGAGCAACUCCAUCUGGGCCCACAGCUGCCCUGGGGAGGACGCCGGUGGGGACGGCGGGCACUGAGCGGGCACGGCAGGCCUGCCUGCUCGUCCCCAGCAGCACGCCCGCUCCUGGCCCAAGAGGGCCGUGUGGCACCGCCAAAACAGAGAACACUGGCUUACGUAACAUUUACCCUUGCCAAUAUAUACGUUCCGCUGCUAAUUCAGAAAUUAUAACCAUGAUUAAAAUAGAAAACCGAUA